AUGUCGUUGACAGCCUCGCUGACCCAAGUUCCACCCAGCCAAAGUUUAGGGCUGACACCACUGAAAGUCGCCUCGAACAUAAUUCCCACACUGACUUGCUUCCGCUACUCAAACUCUCCGGCAAUCAAUACCGAUACGGGAGUGCUCAACAUCAUAGUCCCUAGCUCUUCGACGAGUGGCAGAAAUUACGUCGUAGUAACGGUCACUCAAACGGUCGUCGUCCCGCCGCAGCCAAUAUCAUCAAGUGUACCUAUCACAUCCAAUCUGCCAGGAACCUUUGCUUCUCCAAUAGCGAACUCAACGCGGUCCGCUUUCCCUGCGCCCUAUCCUCCUAGCAAUGCUACUCGUUUGAUCGGUAGUAGCAAGUUGCUCGGUGGCCAACCGCAUACAACCUCGACGCAGGUAACCUCGACGAUUCAACCGCCACCAACUACGAUCGUUCAGCCGCUUCCACCACCUGCUAAUAUCACAAUGGGAAACGGUACGCUUCCCCAACCAACACAAGCUCACAGUCAUGUUGAUCUAGGCCUGGUUGUUGGUCUAGCUCUUGGCUCUUUGUUCCUUGUUUGGCUCUUUUCAUUCGUACUAAGAGCAUUUCGUUCUGUGCACAAAUCUAUGCCUAACGAGAGGGGUGAUGCGGCAAAGCGAUGGUUCCUCGGAAGCGAUCACUGGGAUGUACUCGCGCUUGCAUUUCCCUUCAAGCACUUCAAGAAGCGAAGGGAGGUGCAAGCGGCUGCGCGGAACGACGAAGAGAUGCGGACACAGGACCUCGGUGCAACGUUUGAGGCACCGAGAAAUAAUUCCGCUUAUGCUACUACCCCUUUCGUCACAGGAGAAUUUGUUGAUAUCAACUUGAACUCUCCUCCGAUAGCCCAACAUGAACCGGGAGCUACAACACGACCAGGCUUUGGACGACAUCUAGAGCACUCGAUGACUCCUCAAUUUCUUCAUGAUAAUCUGUCUCUUAAGAUGCUGGGAUAUCCCCGCAUAGUGUUAUAUUUCACUUACCACGUCUAUCUCGAUUGUCAUCAACAUCCUAAUUCAAAUUCUUCCGCCGAUUCCUUCCUCCUAACUCCCCAUUCCAAUUUCGUAAACCGAAAGCAACAUGAUCACAUCAAUUCACAGUAUAGCCUGCUCCUUCUCCAAUUCACUGCCUUAUUAGCAUUCAACACUGAACUUGGUUUCAACAUGCCCCACGAGAAUUCCGGCAAUUUCCCGCUCACUGUCCGGGCUACAAACAUCACGUUUGCCAACGGCAUCAGCGUUGCUCUCUCGUCAGUAUCCCAAAAAAAGGAUCUCUCAAAUGCGACGGUGAUUGCACUCGUAAUCACCAUCCUUUUCCUAGGAUACAUCGUCUACUACAUCUGCUUUCCCAUCUUCCAAAUACUUGGCAGGAAGUCAGGACACCGCAGAGGGGCGAUUCAAAAGUUCCUAUUGCAGUCACCCGAAUGCAGUAAGCAACGACGCCAGAAGCGGGAAGACACGGAGAUGGUACUCCCGAAGAUUGUGUCGGACAGCUCGGACGACUCUCUUGAGAAAUUCCCUUCCUUUGGCGAUAGGACGAGGGCGGACUAUUCCCCUGAGCAGAGUCGGGUGCCUGCUGAGUCUCAAUCUAGAGAACAGCCUCGGAGGAGCGGAGAGUCGAGUAUCUCUAUCGAUGUAGAGGGCAACAUCCGUCCUAUGUUUGACUCUAUUCGUCGACGAUCGGUUUCGAGACACCAACAAGGGCCUCGUCGCCAUGUGCGGGUGAGCAGGGGUAUCUCUGUGAGGUCUUCUCGUGCCGUGAGCGAGCACUUUCAGCAGCAUUCUGGCGUACUAGGAACUAUUGAGAGCGGAUCAGAAGAAUCUCAAGAGUCGAAUGAGAGUACCAAGACCGAUCCCAAGAUAGAGGUUAAGGUGGCUCAGAAUACGGAUGAUUCGCAAGGAUCCAUGAAGGGCUCGGAGCUCGACUCAAGUAAGAAAGUGGAGGUUCCUCAGACAUAG